AUGUCUUUGUUCUCCUGGUUCUUCACUCUGUGGCACUCAUCAGCCUUGUCCCUGCUCCUUGUGGGGCUUGUGGGCAGACCGCUGGGGCUCAGGGUGGGACUGCAGGUGGCUCAGACUGUGACAUGUUCUCAGUGGAGUACACCGAGUGACCAGGGUCUGUUCCAAGAUGGAGAUGUAGUUAUUGGUGGGCUCUUUAAUAUUUAUUAUGAGCCUCCAGCUUUAGAUCAUGACUUCACUCAGCUGCCACGCUACAAAUCCUGCAUUGGUUUGCAAAAUCUUCCAUUACAGUAUGUGUAUGCUAUGGUGUUUGCCCUGGAGGAAAUCAACCAUAGUGCAACACUGCUACCAGGUGUGAAGUUGGGCUACCGUAUUCAUGAUAGCUGUGGCAUUCCCCUGUGGGCUGUGCAGGCAGCACUACUGCAAGUUGGAGGAAACAGCACCAGCUGUGAUCAGCCUGUUCCUUUGAUCAUUGGUGGUGACUCAUCUCUAACGGCCGAAAUACUCAGAAUCCUGGGGCCUCUCUCUGUGCCUUUGAUGAGCUACACAGCUAGCUGCCCCUGUCUUAGUGAUAGGCAUGAAUUUCCUAACUUCUUCAGGACUGUACCCAGUGAUAUCUACCAAGCCUGGGCCAUUGCCCAGCUUGUCAUACACCUCAAUUGGACCUGGAUUGGAGCUGUGGUAGCAAACACUAAUUAUGGCCUAACAGCAAUAAAGAUUUUUCAGGAGGAGAUUCAGGGGGCAGGGGUGUGUCUGGCAUUUGUAGAAACUCUCAACAAGGAAAACAUUGUGAGUGAUGCCAGACGAGCAGCCCUCACAAUUCAGGCCUCAACUGCAAGAGUGAUUCUUAUUGUUGCCUGGUAUACAGAUGUGAGGGAACUGUUUCUGGAACUAGCCAAGAUAAAUGUGACUGACAGACAGUUUCUGGCCAGUGAGGCUUGGAGCACCAGUGGUGAUCUUCUCCAAAGUCUCGUCACAAGUCAAGUGGCAAGUGGUGUUGUUGGUGUUGCCAUUAGAAGUUCAACUAUACCUGGCUUUGAAAAUUAUAUCAGAAGUCUCAACCCAUCUCACCGUCCUGUUGACAAGUUCUUAAGAGAGUUUUGGGAAAAGGUGUUUGGUUGUAGUCCUGGAGCCACACCUUUAUCUUCAAAUGCCUCUUCACCACCUUCUCUUGCAAGCACAUUGCUUCAAGAAGCUUCUCUACCUCUCUGCAAUGGCACUGAGUCCCUAGAGGGAACAGGUUCCCCUCAUUGUGAGCGUUGUCCAUCUGAGUUCUGGUCCAAUGUUGAACGAACUGCCUGCAUCCCUAGCCAACUGGACUUCCUUUCAUUUAAUGAAACACUGGGCAUUACUCUGACUACAGCAGCUGUGUUUGGUGCUGCAGUGACAACAGCUGUGUUUGUGGUGUUUCUUUCCUACCGUCAAACACCUAUGGUGCGAGCCAACAACUCAGAACUGAGCUUCCUGCUUCUUCUGUCACUGAAGCUCUGCUUCCUCUGCUCACUGGUGUUCAUUGGUCGUCCGUCAGUCUGGACUUGUCGGCUCCAGCAGGCAGCAUUUGGGAUCAGCUUUGGUCUUUGUGUUUCCUGCCUCCAAGUUAAAACCAUAGUUGUUCUGGCAGCAUUCCACUCAGCUCAGCCUGGUGCUGAAGCCUUGAUUAGGUGGUUUGGUCCAGGUCAACAGAGGGGAAGUGUCUGUUUUCUUACUUGUAUACAGAUUAUCAUCUGUGUCACGUGGCUGUCUCUUAGUCCCCCUGUGCCUCAACAUGAUAUGGGUUUCAAAGGGUCAAAGGUCACUUUGGAAUGUGCCCUGACCUCCGUGGUGGGCUUCUCACUGGUUCUGGGGUACAUUGGUCUGUUGGCCUGUACCUGCCUCAUACUAGCCUUUCUUGCACGAAAACUCCCUGACAACUUCAAUGAGGCCAAACUGAUCACCUUCAGCAUGCUGAUCUUCUGUGCAGUUUGGGUGGCCUUUGUCCCUGCUUAUGUUAGCUCUCCUGGGAAGUACACUGUUGCCGUAGAGAUUUUUGCAAUCCUGGCCUCUAGCUAUGGUUUACUGUUCUGUAUUUUUGCUCCAAAAUGUUUCAUCAUCCUUCUGAGGCCUGAGAGAAACACUAAGAAACACCUGAUGGCCAGGUAG